AUGGCUAGAGGAAGAAAUAAUGAUGCUAUUGCUCAGACUUUGGAAGCAAUGGCUCAAGAUAUGUUUGGGGAAAUGGUGAAGUUUUGUCCACACUACAAUAGUGCAGAAGUUGAAGGGUCUAAGUGUAUCAAAUUUGAGAAUGACUUGCAUCUGGAGAUUAAGCUGGGUAUUGGAUAUCAUGAUAUUCGCCAAUUUCAGGUGUUGAGGGAGAAAAAGCUUUAUACCAAGUUGUCGAAAUGUGAAUUUUGGUUGAAGGAAGUGAGUUUCCUUGGCCAUGUGAUUUUGAGUGGUGGAAUUUCGGUAUAUCCUUCUAAAUUUGUUGAUGUGUUGCAAUGGGAGACUCCGAAGUCUGCUACUGAGAUACGAAGUUUUCUUGAUUUAGCAGGUUAUUAUCAUAGGUUUAUUGAAGGUUUCUCUAAGUUGGCUUUACAUUUGACUCGGUUGAAUCGAAAGGGUCAAGCGUAUGUGUGUGAAGGUUUCUCUUUGGCUCCAAGUUUGAAGUGUUCAGUGAUCGCAAGAGUUUAA